AUUAGCUAAUGAUGAAACACGCUUAUGAUUAGUUUAAACAAAACUGAUAGAGGUCAUUGCUUCUGAUUGAAUUUAUAACCUCUUCAGUAAUAACAGAACAGCCGUGAAUUUAUCAAAGUCUUCUGGUGUCAAGAAGACGUUACGCUUAAUUCGUAUAUAAAAUUACAAUUGAAUCAAGAAGACGUCGAUUUGGCACAUUAAAUUAACAUGAUGAAUUCUGUAAUUUUAAAUCUAUUGGGUAAUAAGUGAUAAAAUUACAGAAUGCGAAUAAUAGUUUAUUGAUAUUUCACGUAGCUUGUAGUAAUGACGUCCACUUCCAAUUUCAAAAUGGUGGAUGAGGCUUAAUCUCACGUGACAACAUUUCGAGACUUGUGAAAAGUCAGAAAAGUUUUCUUUCUAAGCAAAGUGAAACUUUAUGAAUUUAAGUAUUUUUGAAACACAUGUUAGAGUGAUAAUACUAGUGUUGAUCACACUACGGAUGAUCGUCUGCCUCGAGAUUGUCUGCUGAAUACAUCGUUCGAUAUUUUAUCAGUAUCUCUAUACUAACUCUUUGGAGAAUAAAUUGGCAGGCGAAUUUGCUUGAAGAUAAUAUCAAAUGCUUACAUUAAAUUAAACAUGGAAGUUUCUAUUAACUUCCGCCAGUUAACAUAAGAAUGACACGAAAGAACCACAGAUUUCUCGUGCUAGGACUUGUUGUCACCUUUAUAUGUUUCCUGAGCGAGACAGAAGGGGAAAAUAUUGCCAAAACGUUUUUAAAUCAUGAUGUUCACGCAUUUGUGCUCAAAGAAAUUGGAAAAGUUCCUCCAGCGCCAGAAAAUGGAAGUGCGAUAAUCGUCGAUUGUGAACUGAAUAUUGACAGUUUUGAUUCAAUAAAUGAAGCCAAUAUGGAUUUCACGGUUGGUAUUUUUCUCCACUUGUAUUGGCAUGACGAGAGAUACAUACAGUGGAUUAUGAAGUCAUCUAGUCACAAAGUUUCCUUUGAUCAUAAAAGUAUGGAGAAGCUAUGGUUACCAGAUAUCUAUUUUCCAAAUGAAAAAGAAGCCAGACUCCAUUCCGUUUUUGUACCCAAUAAGAUGUUGAGUGCCAACUUAGGAGGAAAUGUGUCAUAUACUGCAAGAGUGUCCUUGAAGCUUAAUUGCCCUAUGCAAUUAAAGAAUUAUCCGUUUGAUCGUCAGACAUGCUCUAUUGAAAUGGAAAGUUUCAGUUUAAGUGAAAAGAGUUUGAAACUGAGAUGGAUGGCCACUGGUCAACACAGACCUGUUGUAAAAAAUGAAGACGUGGAAUUGCCACAAUUUACUAUAACAAAUGUAAAUAUAAGAAAUGAGUCAAGAACUAGACGAGACAAAAGUGGUCACAGUUGUUUAAUAGCAGACAUUAUUUUAGAACGGAGAAUUAAGUAUUAUAUCGUACAAAUGUACAUUCCCAGUAUGUUUGUUGUAUUUCUUUCUUGGAUGUCAUUCUGGUUAAAUGUCGGAGCAGUUCCAGGAAGAAUAUCGUUAGGUGUAUUGACAGUUCUUACUAUGGUAACACAAAGUUCAGGGGUCAACGCCUCACUUCCACGAGUGUCGUACACAAAAGCCAUUGAUGUUUGGAUGUCCACUUGUUUACUGUUUGUAUUUGCUGCCUUGAUUGAAUUCGCUGUUGCUAAUGUGUUAAGUCGCAGAGACCUAAAUAGAGCAUUUAGAUUAAAAGAUAUUCCAAUUUUACCUCGAAUAUCAACAAAGAAAAAGAAGACGAAAUCAGCAGAGGUAGUGAUUGGUGAAAACGGAGAAAUGAGAUUAAACCCAGAUACAGAUCCAACACUAUCAAAGUCCAUGAAUAGGACACCAGGGCACAUACAAGCCAUGUAUUUGGACGUAGCUUCCAGAUUCUUAUUUCCAUUCUUCUUUGCAAUGUUCAAUGUCUUCUAUUGGACACAUUAUUUGUGACAGCUGAGAAGUAGUCAAUGAACGUUAUCCUUCCUGAAAACAUGUGAUAUAAAUACAGGGCUCUAUGUGCAGAGAUGACUAUAUGGUACUUAUAUCAAAGAGCUUUCCAGCAAUGGUGUUGUUGAAAUACAAGUUGCUUGCUUCUAGCUUUAUAAAUGAUAAAGUGAUGGAUUUAAGAGUAAUUACAGGGACAUAUUGUAUUACACGUAUAUGUCUCUAGUGGUAAUAUAUACGCACAGAUAUUCAAUAUGCAAUGCAAAUCGGUAUUGUUCGAUAAACAUGUACCUAAAUAUUGUUACUUAAAAGCUAAUAAGAUAAAUUUUUUCUCAUAAAUCAGCAUUGAAUAUGUGUCGUCCAUGAAAGAAUGUUUUAGAAAUUUUCUUUAUAGAUAGAAUUCUUUAAGUUCUGCUUGAAUAUCUUAAAUUUUUCUGACUUUAAGAUUUAAUAAAUUUGAAUCUAUUGAUAUUUCAAAAGAAUAAACAAAUUAAUAACGAGAAACUGUUGUUAAUUCUAUGGUUUCUUAGAGCAGAACCAUGCAAUCCGUUUAGAUUACAUGUAAUAAUACUUGAUAUUCAAAACUUCACAGACAGUUAAUGCUGAACAAGGACAGCUGUUGUUGGUUGAGAACAUGUUUCAAUCUACAGUCACCUCGUGCUGUUGGUCUCGAGAACUUGUACUAAACUACAGUAAACUCGUGUUACCUCUUAGAUAAAAGGUGUUUAUGACCCCAACCUUUUUAUUUUUCUAUCAGUUAACAUUUAAUUUUUUAUUUUUUUCUCGUAAAGAAUGUGUGUCUGGUGAAGAUAAUUUGAGUAGAAAGUGUAAUUUGCAAUGUGUGAAGAUAAUUUCAGUAGAAAGUGUAAUUUGCAAUGUGUGAAGAUAAUUUCAGAAGAAAGUGUAAUUUGCAAUGUGUGAAGAUAAUUUCAGUAGAAAGUGUAAUUUGCAAUGUGUGAAGAUAAUUUCAGUAGAAAGUGUAAUUUGCAAUGUGUGAAGAUACUUUCAGUAGAAAGUGUAAUUUGUGUUACGUGUAACCGGGCGAGGGCGUUUUAAUAUUUUUAUCCUCGGGUUCGUACCAGUUUCCUGGGAUCUGAAGAGUAAAUGCAAAAUUUUUAAAGUCAAACAGUUUACGCUAUACUACUUAAUAUAAAACAAAUACUUCAUAAAACGAAUUUCAACACCUAUCAACCUAACCCGAACCUUGUAAAUUAAACUGUCUAAAACCCUUUCAGUCUGAUACUUGUUUAAAACCAAAUGUUUGGAACUAUAGGCUGAAACCUAAAUGUAUGGAACCUAUUAAAACGAAUGUAUGGAAACUAUUUGAACUGGUGUAAACUUUCGUAUGAAACUUUAUUAAACAAAUAUGUCUUAAACUGUCAGAACAACAGGGUAGCACUAAGGCAUGGUCUGUCAGCAAACACUCACUGCAAUAGUGAGAGAUGUGAGACGCAAAACCCUAGCGCCAGCCCUGUUUGGACAAUCUGUACCGAACCAACUGUCUCAGCCUUUCUAUAUUCUGUCCGCAGGUUCCAAGCACUUCACUUCACUUAAACUAAAAAUUCUACCUGCUGUAAACUACUUCCUUUCCAACCUUUCCGAUGUUCACUGUCUGCUGUCUUCGGUACAAAUGACAACUUGAACAAAUGGAAGUUUUUAACGACCUUGACUGGCUAUACAGCCCUUGCACGGUCGGGCAACUUGAACGGAAUAGCUACCCACUAUUUAUACUUCGAAAGCGGACUUCGAAGAGAGCACCCUAGCAACACCUGUAUAGGUAAAGCGUCUUAUAGCAACCAAGGAUAAAGGGAUGAUUUCGAUGCUGUUUUCAAUGAUAAAAAGAUCAAAUGGGAAAUUCAUAGAAGUAUCGGAAAAUAUUUAACUGUAGAUAUAUAAUAACAUUCUUAAACUGUAAAUUCGUAACAUUUGCAAUGUUUAAGUAAGCAAGCAACUAUAUACAAGUCUUGCAGGGACUUCAUAAAAGGGUAUACUAAUAAGAUGUACCAAGUGGUCAUAGUAUACACAUGUAGUAACAACUGCCUUCUAAUUGUUCCAAUAUGCAUUGUGUAUUCCACAAAAAAAAUAAUGAGCAUUUUUAUGUUAUUUCUGUACGAGUUUUGGAAACAUUUUCACUGAUGGUUAAUAUGAAAGAAGAUGUAGAAAAGAUUUAUAGAGUAGAUAUAAUUUCUGACAUUGAUGGUUAAUAUGAAAGAAGAUGUAGAAAACAUUUAUAGAGUAGAUAUAAUUUCUGACACGAUGUAUGAUUGAGUUGAAUGUUUGAAUUGUUUUAUUUUUAAAUAAUGUGUAAUUUCAAUUUUUUACUGUGAUAUAUGAAGAUGUAUGAUAAAAGGACUAAAUAUAAAAUGAGCUAAUUAUUCUGUGUAAAUGUAUAUCUUUUAGUAAUCUAAUAGAUAUAUCAUCAUCUAUUUAACAUUUAGUGUGUCUGUUUUUAUGUGAAAUAUACAACACAAUAUCUACAUACAAACGUAGGAAAGGAAAAUAAGAUAUCUAAUUGAAAAACCUGAUUGUAAGAAGUACAUGAAAGCAGUAAGAAUCAUGAAAAAUGAAAACAGUUUUUUAUCUAUUAGUUUUAUGUUUGUGCGCAGCUUUCCUGCCACACGAUAAGGAGCAAUGCCUUAAGAAUUUCUGAAUCUUGAAAACAUUUUGAAAAAGAAACGGAGAAAAUUCUUGUUUACUUAUAUUCUCAUUGAUGUGGAUAGAAAUACAUAACUUUAACCAAUAUAAGUAAAAUUAGAUUUCCGCACUCACUCACUUUUUUAUGUUUGGUCGCUGUGUUGGCAUAACAUAGUGAGCGAGUGUGCGGGAUCUAAUUCUAAUCAGAUUGAAAUCAAAAUAAAUUUUAACUACCUUCUUCUUCGUUUUGUGUAAUUAAAUAUUAAAUUGAUAACAUGAAUGUAUAUAAGAUUUUAUUAUUUUGGGGAAAAUUAUGAAUUAUGUAUUUAAUUCAAACAGGAAAAAAUAGAAAUAUGACAUUCGUCACAAUAUUAUGCCGUACAUGAAAGUAAAACCCAAAACAGACAUUAUAUUCAGAGAUUAAUCAUAGUACACAAUAACGAUCACAGAAAUGUUUAAUGUUCUUAUUUGGAUGUAACAUAUUUUGAUGUAUAUUUCAACAUAAUCACGAAUAGAUAAAUCCAAGAUAAAGUAGUCACAUUCCAUUUUUCAUUUUUAUUAUAAUAUUUAAUCAUUUAGAUUUUUUUUUUACAUUGUCCACAUUGUAGUUACUGCACGAUUAUUUAAUUAUUGCACAAUAAUGAUAAUAAACGAUAUUGAAACCGAUAUCUGUAAUUGCCGUGUACACCUACUGUAGAGUUAGUAAAAUAGAUGUCAUACUCAAGCCAAGAAACCUUUGUUUUACAAUGUAUAUAUUAGAAUGCAAUGGGAAUCAAAAACGUAAAGAGAACAGAAUGGAAUAUUGUUGAUUCAUCAUAGGAAAUAUUAGGUUUUUCAUAUUUUCUAUUCAAUUUAUAUACUUUUUGCUUAAAAAUAAAAUCAUUUUAUGUAACACUGUCAGAUUAAAAAUGAAUGUAUUCAUUAUAUCAUUACGUCAUCGUUGAGAAAAUUGAGAUAUCAUGGGAUAAGGGUACAGGAUCGGACAUAUUUACCGUUUUAUCAACUAACAAAACAUGAAUGGAUCAUUGAUAUUGAAUCACACAUUUCAUACAAGCAUAUAUUCAAAUAUUUUUUUUCAUGUACGAAGUUUCUGAAGCGUUUAUUAAAGGCCAGAGACCACAAUUAAUUUCCAUAUUUGUUCUUUAUAACGUUUUGUCACAUAAAAAAAUCGCACCCUACCGUUUUGCACAAUCUUUUAUAUUAAGUGCAAAAGUAUAAAAAUAUAUCAAACAUUCAAUAAAAUUACUGCUCAAGAAUUUAGCCAAUACACACCCAUACCCUUAUGGACAAGUCAACAGAUGUUCGGAAAACUGUAAAUAUUACUAGUACCUUUUGGCACCUGGCCUAAUCACUCUUUCCAUAAAAAAAAAUCAGUUAAUAUAAAACAUCAAAAAUUGAUUUCAACUCUUUUCUUUUGUUUCCAAAACUGUUUACAAAACUUUGAAUACUACGGAUGUUUUACUCCAGGAAAAGAUAACCUAAGCUGUAUUUGGCAAAACCUUUCGGAUUUUUUGGUCCUCAAUGCUCUGCAACUUCGUACUUUAUUUGGCCUUUUAACUUUUUUUAUUUGAGCGUCACUGAUUGGUCUUUUGUAGAUGAAUCUCGCGUUUGGCGUACAAACUUUUAAUCCAGGUAUCUAUGAUGGGUUUAUUUCAACCCCCAUAAAAACUUAGAAAUGAAUGAGAAAGUGAAAAAAACACUAUACUAGUAAUUAAAGAGAACAACGAAAACAGGAAUCAUUAAUAAUGGUCUUAAAGCCAACACAAUACCAUUCAAGUGAUAACUACUUACCGUGACCAAUUCUUCUUUGUCUCUUUCAUCAUCUAUGCAGUGUUUACCAUCGUUAUAAUUUUUUUCUGUAAAAAUGGUUGAAACUGUUUUCAGAUUAUUUUGUAUUUUCAUUUUAAAACAAUAAAAUCAUUCACCAAUCA